AUGAUCAAAACUGCUCCCAAUUCAGGUUCAAACGUAGUGAAGAGCAGUGAUCGUUAUCGAAAUAAGACUAAGAAAAAAUUAAAAAGUCAUGAGACUAGCAAUUUUAUUUUGCCUGAUAAUGAUCGAUUGCGGUUGUGUAAUGAAGCGAAAAAAAAGUAUCAUCAUAGAUUGAAAGGAAAAAAAGAAUGA